GCGGCUCUUAGGCGAAAUGGAAAACUGUUUCAACAAACCUGCGUCAGUUGAAAUUUGUGUUUCAAUCGCACCACACACUUAUUCGCAUUUUACAUUCAAAUCAAAUAAAACACUAUGGCUCCACGCAACAAGGAACAGGAACAGGAAGUGCUCAACUGGGUGUUCGCCGUGAUUGGCGAGAAGGUGCCCAGCGGGCAGUACGAGGACAUCCUCAAGGACGGCAUCUGGCUGUGCAAGCUGGCCAACAAAUUGGCCCCCGGAUCAGUGAAGAAGAUCCAGGAGCGCGGCACCAACUUCCAGCUAAUGGAGAACAUCCAGCGCUUCCAGGCGGCGGUCAAGAAGUACGGCGUGCCCGAGGAAGAGAUCUUCCAGACAGCCGAUCUCUUCGAGCGUCGCAACAUCCCCCAGGUCACCCUCUCCCUCUACGCCCUUGGACGCAUCACGCAAAAGCACCCUGAGUACACCGGUCCCACCCUGGGUCCCAAGAUGGCCGAGAAGAACGAGCGCACUUUCACCGAGGAGCAGCUGCGCGCCCACGAGGGUGAGCUCAACCUGCAGAUGGGCUUCAACAAGGGCGCCUCCCAGUCCGGACAUGGUGGCUUCAGCAACACCCGUCAUAUGUAAGGCGGUAGUAACUCCACCAACACCCAACACCAAAACCCAAAAGGAAAACACAACACUCUCAUCCACACAAACACCAAAAUCUAAUUAGUUCAAACAAAAAAUGGAUUUUGUAUCUCGUGCGUUCUGGCGUAUGAUUUAGGCAGUGCCAAGCUCUUAAUGUAAUUUAUAUAAUAUGAAACAAAUAAAUUAAUUAAUUUUAAUAUAAA